AUGCACCAUAGGGAUGAUGGUAGCUCUGCUAAGCUCCAUUCUUCCAGACAUAGAGAUAUGCAUGCCAGUCCAUCUGGUAGUGAUAGCUAUAAUUUUGUCAAUCAGACUAAGGCAAUCCCCUCUUCUCAACAUUUUAUCAGAUAUUGGGAUAUUCCUUUGUCUAAUCUUUUGGACAAUGGUGAAUGGAAUUUGGAGCUUUUACAAGACAUUAUGUUUCGGCCAAUUAAGGAUUAUGUGCAGGCUUUGAUUAUUCAUGCAAUAGCAGAUCGUCUUAUGUGGGAUAGAGGUCCUUUUACUUUCAAAUUAGCUUGGGAAAGUUGCCGAAUCACUGAUCCAGAUGUGGAUUGGUUUAAAUUUUGUUGGGGAAAAUCUUGGCCUAGAUGGUCUGUGUUUGGUGUUUUUUUGUUUCAAGAUAGGCUUCCUACCAUGGUAAAUCUUCAGAGGAGGAAGGUGCAAUUAGCUCCAUGGUGUUCUUUAUGUUUACAGGAGUAUGAUACCAGAGACCAUCUUUUUGUUGGGUGUUCUUAUGCAAUUAGUUUCUGGAAAUGGAUUGUGGAUAUCAUGGGCUGGAAUUUUGAUAUUUCUUUAAUUUUCACAUUCGAAGACUUGCUCUACUGGUUCUCUCAACAGACCAAUAAGAUGAUUUAUUUAAUUUUUGUGGCAACAUUGUGGAGCAUUUGGCAAGAAAGAAAUGGCAGGUUGCAUGGUCAUUUAUUUAGACUACCUCAAGAUGCUGCUAGACAAAUCUUAUUUGAAGUUCUUGAUAUCUACAAUGUUGCUAUUCAAGAUUUCUCUAGAUAG